AGCCAGUUCACCCACUGCAGCAUCCAAAGAGAGGGGAUUCUCUCACUCUCUCUCACACACAUUGGAACAUCCUAAUUACAGCAUUCAAAGCCCCUUCGGACUGAGCGUGACCCCUCCCUUUCUUUCCCCAACUGAGGAAUCUUCCGUGCUUUAACCAACUGGUGUUUUGUUCGUUUCUGUAGGAGGCCAAAAUGUCUUCUAAGCUGCCUUCAGGCAUACCCAAGUCUCCUUUUAGGAAGAGAGGCAGCUUGCAGUAUACAGCCAGUGGAGAUUUCCGUGGCCGACAUCUCCUCACAGCCCAGCAUUCUCUGCCUUGCAACCCUGUAACCAAGCACGGCUAUAUCGACCUGCGCACAUCCAUGGAUGGCAAAUACAAAGAGAUCGCAGAGGAGCUGUUCUCUCGCAGCCUUGCAGAGAGCGAGAUGCGCAGCGCUCCGUAUGAAUUCCCUGAGGAGAGUCCCAUCGAGCAGCUGGAGGAGAGGCGGCACAGACUUGAGCGGCAGAUCAGCCAGGACAUCAAGUUUGAGCCUGAUAUCCUGCUGCGAGCCAAACAGGAGUUCAUGAAAACAGACAGCGCGACAGAUUUAGAAUAUAUGAAAGAACAGAGCCAGGUGCCCAAAGAACACUAUCCAGAGAGAGAGCUCGUCCCCGAGAGGGAGUAUCAGAGAGUUGCCAUCUCUGGAGAGGAGAAAUGUGGGGUCCCAUUUACUGAUCUACUGGAUGCUGCUAAAUGUGUAGUCAAAGCUCUUUUCAUCAGAGAGAAGUACGUCUCUCUCUCCAUGCAGAGCUUCUGCAGAACCACGACACGUUACCUGCAGGAGUUAGGUGACCGGCCUCUGGACAUUAACACCUAUGAGGAGAUGCCUGAAUCCUCUGUAUGUGCAGACGCAACCGUCCACCCGCCUGUUUCAGAAACCCACCCUUACGAGUGUCUAGACCCUGCAAACAUGCCCCCAGGCUUAGGCUACACUUGCAAAAUGGUGGAUGGUGUUGUUCAUGUAUACACGCAUAAUUCCUCAGAACUGGAUCUGCAAUACCCUGACCUGCAGGAAUACAUAGCUGAUAUGAAUAUGAUGAUGGCUCUCAUCAUUAACGGGCCAGUGAAAUCUUUCUGCUAUCGCCGGCUGCAGUACCUAAGCUCCAAGUUCCAGAUGCACAUUCUGUUAAAUGAGAUGAAAGAGUUGGCGGCACAGAAGAAAGUUCCUCACAGAGAUUUCUACAACAUCAGGAAGGUGGACACACACAUCCAUGCCUCCUCCUGUAUGAAUCAAAAGCACUUGUUGCGGUUUAUUAAAAGAGCCAUGAAGAAGUAUCCAGGUGAAAUCGUCCACGUAGAACAGGGUCGGGGACAGACCCUAAAUGAGGUCUUUGAAAGCAUGAAUCUAACAGCCUUCGACCUCAGCGUAGACACUCUGGAUAUGCACGCGGACCGUAACACAUUCCACCGCUUUGAUAAAUUCAAUUCCAAGUACAACCCCAUUGGAGAGUCUAUCCUCCGAGAAAUCUUUAUCAAGACAGACAACCAUAUUGAGGGGAAAUACUUUGGGCACAUAAUCAAGGAAGUGAUGGCUGACCUGGAGGAGAGCAAGUAUCAGAAUGUUGAGCUGCGUCUCUCCAUCUACGGCCGAUCUAGAGAUGAGUGGGACCAACUGGCCAAGUGGGCCGUCAGACACAAAGUCUAUUCAGAUAACGUGCGCUGGCUGGUGCAGGUGCCAAGGCUAUUUGAUGUGUACCACACCAAAAAGCAGCUAUGUAAUUUCCAGCAGAUGCUAGAGAACAUUUUUAUGCCUCUGUUUGAGGUCACCGUUCACCCCAGCAGUCAUCCAGAGCUGCAUCUAUUCCUGCAACAUGUUGUUGGGUUUGAUAGUGUGGAUGAUGAAUCUAAACCAGAACAUCACAUCUUUAACUUGGACAGCCCAAAACCUGGAAACUGGAAGGAGGAGGAUAAUCCUCCAUACUCCUACUACCUGUAUUACAUGUAUGCCAAUAUGACUGUACUAAACCAUCUGCGCAGGCAAAGAAACAUUAAUACGUUUGUAUUACGGCCACAUUGUGGAGAGGCAGGGCCUAUUCACCAUCUGGUUUCUGGAUUUAUGCUGUCGGAGAAUAUUUCCCAUGGUCUGCUUCUGAGAAAGGCUCCUGUACUGCAGUACCUGUAUUACCUGGCUCAGAUUGGCAUCGCCAUGUCGCCACUCAGCAACAACAGCCUGUUCCUCAGUUACCAUCGAAAUCCGCUGCCUGAGUAUCUGUCUAGAGGUCUCAUGGUGUCCCUGUCCACCGAUGACCCACUGCAGUUCCAUUUCACAAAUGAGCCUCUUAUGGAGGAGUACAGUAUUGCUGCUCAGGUGUGGAAGCUGAGCUCCUGUGAUAUGUGCGAGCUGGCCCGAAACAGCGUGCUCAUGAGUGGAUUUUCUAACCAGGUGAAACGCUGCUGGCUGGGACCGCAUUAUCUGCAUGAGGGACAGGAAGGAAAUGACAUCAGACGCACCAACGUUCCAGACAUCCGUGUGGCGUAUCGCUUCGAGACGCUGUGCGAAGAGCUGAAUCUGAUCACUCAAGCUGUGCAGUCAGAGGAGCUGGAGAUGGGUGAAGAUCAGGGCCCCCUGUGCAUGGGUGCAGGACAGACCAGACGUUAGGGUGUCAUACUCUUUCAAUUAUUCAACCAGUGUAAGUGAAAGGUGAAUCAGGGAAAUGUUGACCAGUCGUAUUAGGUUUGAUCCCACAAGUGUUCAGCAAAAUACCCUGUUGAGAAAAAAAGAGAAAAAGUGAAUUUACACAAGAAAAUGUCAACAUUGUCUUCAAAAAAGCAUGUUUCAUAAUAUGAACUGGAACAUACACCUAGCUAAGAGCUAGCUGUGCCUCAAGAAAACGAGGACUGAGUCGAUCUUCAGGAAACCUCUGUUACUGAGGACCUUCCACUGUCCAUAAUCUCAAAUCCAGUAUCAGCAGGAUUUACACCCUCAUGAAAAAUGAACAUUUGUGUAGAUUGAACACUAAUAGCCAUAUACAUUCUUUGGCUGCUAUGUUUGAGCUCAAGCACCGAAGAGCAUCUUUACCAUGAAACAUUAUCACCAUAGACUAUUAUUCUCAUUUAUAUUCUUGAUUUUAACAGGUUAUAUUUUAAAGUGUUUAUUAUUGUGGUAUUAUUUCUUUCUAGUGGUGCAUCCUUUGUGUCAGUUGGCCAUUUAUAUGUGUCUGUAAUAGAAAAUCAGUAGUGCUAUUUAUGGUUAAUCAGACGUAAUGAUAUCAAAGUGAAGUUUAUUUUUUCUGAUGUAUCUCAAAAUUAAAACAUCAACAUUCUGGAUCUUUUAGCGUGGAUG